AUGACGAUGACGAUGAUGACUCUGAAUUCUUCGAAGAACAAUUUCAGUAGUAGUUUUACUCGCUCUUUGUCUUCUUUAAAGUCUUCUUCUUCUUCUUCGAAAAAACCACAACAACGAGAACGGGGACGACUGCGGAUUGUUGUAAACAGCGGCGACUUUAACGAGGAAAAAGUCGGCAUCGUUCUCGUCGACCACGGGAGUCGCGCCAAGUCGAGCAACGAACAGUUGGAACGAUUCGCGGAGAUGUUUGAGAUGAUGUACGGGAGUACCAUAGGUGGUGAUUAUAAUAGCGAUGAUAAUAAUAGUUAUAGUAAAGAAAGAAAAUACGAAGUUGCACCGGCGCACAUGGAGCUCGCGUCGCCGUCCAUCGCGGACGCUUUUCGCGAGUUGAUCGAGACGAAAAAUUGUAGAAAAAUAGUCGUCGCACCAUUUUUUCUGAGCCCGGGAAGGCACGUGAAAGAGGAUAUUCCGCGGUUAGUGGAAGAAGCCGCGGAAGAAUACAGAGGGAAAUACGAAUUAGAGUACAUGGUAGCGGCUCCGAUCGCUUUACAUCCGUUGAUGACGACGAUCAUUCACGAACGCGUGGAAAAAUGUUUAGAAGUGAACGAGAAAGGCGCCGGAGAGUGCGACGUUUGCGGAAGAAAAGAUGCCGGGAUCUCGUGCAAGAUGAAGAGAGUAUAG